AUGGAUAAGCAUGGAGUGAAGACCCCCUUGUGGAAGAAGGAGCCGGCGGAGCCGCCUGCCAGCGAGGCGGAGGCGGCCGCAGAGGAGGGGUCGGAGGAAGAGGAGGCCGAGGAGGACGAGGAGGCGGCGGCGGCGGGGCCGCGGGAGCGGAGCGGGGCGGAGAGCGAGGCGCCCAGCCGGGAGGCGGAGCGCGGCGAAGGCCGCGAGCGGGGCUCCGUGUCCUACUGCCCGCUGCGCCAGGAGUCCAGCACCCAGCAGGUGGCGCUGCUGCGGCGCGCGGACAGCGGCUUCUGGGGCUGGCUCGGCCCGUUCGCGCUGCUCGGCGGCCUGGCGGCUCCCGCGGACAGGAAGCGGAGCCUCCCGGAGCCGCCGUGCGUGCUGGAGACGCGGCGCCGGCCGCCGCGCGCUGGGAGCUGUGCGCGCUGCGAGAUCCUUUACUGCAAGAAGUGCAGGAACCUGCACAGCCACCCGGCCUACGUGGCGCACUGCCUUCUGGAGCACUCAGAUCUGCGGAAGGCGCGGGCUUCGGGGGGCGCGGGGGCCUCCGGGUGCCCCUGA